GGUUUUCCUUUUUUCUUUGUCUCAUCAGAACGAAUCAGAAACGGCGGCGGCGGCGGCGGCGGCAGCCAUGGGCAAGGUGAAGGGGAAGCAGCGGCAGGACAAGUACUACCACCUCGCCAAGGAGCAGGGCUACCGGAGCCGCGCGGCCUUCAAGCUGCAGCAGCUCGACGCGCGCUUCCGCUUCCUCCCCACCGCGCGCGCCGUGCUCGACCUCUGCGCCGCGCCGGGGGGAUGGCUGCAGGUUGCCGUCGCCCGCGCCCCCGCCGGCGCCUUCGUCGUCGGCGUCGACCUCGUGCCCAUCCGCCCCGUCCGCGGCGCGCACGCCCUCACGGAGGACAUCACCACCACCCGGUGCCGCUCCACCGUGCGCAGGCUCAUGGACUCCAGGGACAUCCCCGCUUUCGACGUCGUCCUCCACGACGGCUCGCCCAACGUCGGCGGCGCGUGGGCGCAGGAGGCCACCGCGCAGUCGGCGCUCGUCAUCGACGCCGUCCGCCUGGCCACAGCGUUCCUCGCCCCCAAGGGCGCCUUCGUCACCAAGGUCUUCAGGUCCCAGGAUUUCAACGCCAUCCUCUUCUGUCUCCGGCAGCUCUUCGGCAAGGUCGAGGUGCACAAGCCUGCAGCGAGCCGCGGCUCGUCCGCUGAAAUCUACAUCGUCUGCCUGAAAUACAAAGCCCCCGCGAGGAUUCACCCAGAGCUUCUCGACAUCAAGCACCUGUUCAGUGUGGAUUCAGACAAGGAACUGCCUAUCAUCGAUGUGCUUAGCUCUAACAAGUCCAAGAAAAGACCUUCUGCUGGGUAUGAACCUGGAGUCACGGUGCUGAGGAACGUUGGUCUCGCCUCGGAGUUCAUAUGGUCGGAUGCCCAGACACCGCAGGAAUUUCUUGGUUCUUGUACUGAGAUUUCAUUCGAUGAUCCUGCAUCUCUGCCUAUCAAGGAUCACGAGCUUACUACGGAUGAGGUGAGAUUCCUUUGCGAAGAUUUACGGGUGCUGGAUAAAAAUAGCUGCAAGCAUAUAUUGAGGUGGCGCGUACGCCUCAGGAAAUCACUCUCGUCGUCAUCUUCGCAAGUUACACCACCAAAGGCUGAUGGUACUGCGACCGAUGCCAAGGCAAAAGGCGAUGGUCAACUCUUACAGGACAUGGAGGAAUUGGUUGGUGCCAUUGACAGAAAGCAAACGGGAGAGAAGAAGCGGCAAUCAAGACGUCGUGCCAAGGAUAAAGCACGCAAGGCCACGGGAGUGCAAAUUGAUGAUGCUACAGAGGAUGACGAUGCUCAGCUGGACAAGAUGCUCGAUGAAGCUUACGAGCGUUAUGUGACAAAAAAGGGUGGAGAGAUAAAACAAGAACGCAAACGUGCCAAGCGGACCAAUCCUGAUGCUGAUGCUGAUUUAUCGGAGGGGCGUGAAGAUGAUGGUCACGGCAUCACUGAUCAAGGUUCUCAUGAAGAUCAAGAUCAAGAGACCAGUGGCGGAGCCACGACCCGACAUGCCCGGGCAGCUGCCCGGGCUAAGCUGCUCAAUUCCCUUGAAUUGCUAUCGGAAAAUACAGAGAAGCGAAGAAAGGAGCGGAUUGCAAUUCGAAAAAAGAUGGAUUCAGGUAGACACCGGCGAAAGCUUAGGGCUUGAGUCCUGCAUUAAGUCGACUUAGUUUAACAAGAAUUUGCGUUAAACUGUGUUCUAGGCGGUCCCAAAUUAUCUCUAUCAAUUCAAUGAGUCCCAGAACUUUGAAAAGGAGGUUGAUCCUACACUUAUUGCAGCAAGGUAGCAUGCCCUAAUACGAGACUGGAUAAUCCUCUUCUGCCGUGGCGCUGUUGUUACCAGAGUGGUAGUGGUAUGGAUGGAUUUACGUUUCUGCUGGUUAGUAGCUUGAUGAAUCUAGUGAGUUGGGGACUUAACGCAAGCCCUGUUCGUCUGUGCACUUUCCGUUGCCAUGGUAAUAAUAUGUCAAGACUAUGUGAUCCACCUCUGCCUGUCUCUGGCUAUUAUUAUGCUGCUGCAUCUAAUUUCUGUUCUUAUCACUUGACUA